AUGCUCCGACCGUCAUAUAUCCGUCUUUCUCCCUCUCUCACCACCCCUUCACCCCGAUUGACAUCCUCCCCUACCCGCCUCCUGACCCAGCGCUCGGCCUCAUAUCCCCUACACGCCAAUAAUCGCUUCCAGUCUACAGCACAACCCCCCUACAUUUCUAUACCACCUCCACCAAAACAAUCGCGUAUCCGCCGCGUCGCAGGCUUCGUCUCCAUCGCCCUCAUAGCCUUCACAGCUGGCCUCACCUACACAUCCUACCGCACCGUCUCACAAAUAAUGGCCGAACCAAUUCUCUCCGACGAACAGACUCUGUCCGCCUUCAAGCCAGUAGACGAGACCGCGGAAGAGAUCAACACAACACUCCAAAACCACCCCGAUGCCCUCGCGCUCCGCGCAAACCCCGACUACAAAGAAUCCCGCCCCCACCUCAAGAUCCCCGAGUCUAUGCGCCCCCGCAGUUUGACUGCAGGCACACUGGCCGGUCCUAACAAGAUCGUCGUGCCCCCUUACGUAUUCAGCGAGCGCGACGGCAAGAGCCUCGUGUCGCUUAUGUACCUUGGCUCGGAGAUCUGUGGACACCCCGGGAUCAUUCACGGUGGAUUGUUAGCGACACUUUUGGAUGAGGGGUUGGCGCGUUGCUGUUUCCCUGCGCUUCCUAAUAAGAUCGGUGUUACUGCUAAUCUGAAUAUUGAUUACCGGGCGCCGGCUAUGGCGGAUUCCUAUGUGGCUUUGCGGGCGGAGACUGUUAAGGUUGAGGGACGGAAGGCGUGGGUUGAAGGACGGAUUGAGACUCUUCCUCUUGAUGGAAGUGACCCUGUCGUGUUGGUUCAGGCUAAGGCUUUGUUCAUUGAGCCUAAGCAGGCUGCGGCCCUUUCGCAGUUGUACCGUGGUGCGAACGAAUAG